UUGCACGUGACUUUAAAUACUCAAACCAUAAGCACUUAACUUAGUGUUAUUCAGAUAUUCAGAGGAUUAUCCUUUGAACAAACUUCACCACCAUCGAACCAGCCGCUAUUUGUAUCAACUGGACAUCAUGGCGACUGCAGCUAGUGGUGUGCAGUUGGGAGUGCCGGAUGUGGUGGUUGAUGAGGAGAUGAGUCAUAACACGGAUUUGGUGCCCGACUUCGACCAAGAGAGGGAGAUGUAUGGGAAGCCGAGGCGGGUGAAGAUGGGGGACCUGGAGAAGUACGUGACUGCAAACUACAAAGAGGCCCAGUCCAACUCAGUAUCUGACAACCUUGAGAUGGUCCCCACUCCCCUCCAGAACGAGAACUCGAUGCAGGUCCAUCUGUCCAAAUCCUUCUCAAAAGACGUGUCGAGAUCUCCCAAUGGCUCCCGACGGCAGAACGAGACCACCCCCCAGGUGGAUCAGAGUGGGGACAGUCUGAUUAGAGAGGCUGAGGAGAGGGAGGCGGAGGAGGUGGAAGGCGAGAGAAAUGACCUGUUCCCGAAGAACAACAGCAACCUGGUUCCUGACUUCCUCACUGAGCAGGAGAGGUAUGGACCAGCCAAAGUGGCCAACAAGGACAUGAUGCUGCGAGUUACCAGCAACUUCUCAGAGGCCAUCACUCCUAGAGGAUCACCGAACGUAACAGCCGACAACCCGGGCGCACUCGUUACAGCCGAAAACUCAAUGAAGGUCGAGUUAUCCUUCAACAAGGAGGAAAACGUUGAGAAGAAAGUUCACAAAGGCCACAAGAAGAAACUGACAAAGUCCAAAUCUAGCAAGAAGACUCUAAAGACGUCAGGAUCCGAAGCCGGUGGUUCAAGUUCGGAUAGGCGAGAUUCGGCUGCGCUGAAGCCACGAAGAGACGAUGAGGAUGGGGAGGGAAAUGAGUCGACUAGUAGUAAACUGAAAGCAGUUGCAUGCUGCAUUAAAUAACUGUUCCAAACUUGAAAUGAAAGUGAACCAAUUUGAAACCAUGAUUGAAUACA